AUUCUACAUCAGACUUCAAGAUCUGAACUGUUUCUCUCUCCCCGCUCUCUCUCUCUCUCUCUCUCUCUGCAUCCCCGCCCGCAUCCGUGGAGGUAGUAUUUUUCCUCAGUCAGUUCAGUGAUAAUUCUCUAUUGUUUCCGCUUUUAUAUUAGCUGAAAUUCUGGAUGUUUUGAUUGUGUAUAUGCAAUCAAUCCUGACACUUUUUCAGUUGUUCGGAUAAAUGAGAUGAUAGACGGCGAUGGGAUUGAGGAGAAACAAUCCCCUGCGUUCGCCACUCAGGGCGAUCGGGAAUCGGACGGCGGCGAUGACUUGUCUCACUACUCAUCUUGCGGUGGCGAAUCGGAGUUCGAGAGAUACUGCAGUGCCAGCUCCGCAAUGGGCACCCCUAGUUUCCGAGGUAGCUCGUUGUAUGAUUCUGAUUUCGGUUCGUUGAAAAGCUUCAAACUUGGUGGUGAAAUUUCUGAUUUUAAUAAGAUUCUGGGGGCUGAGAGGGUGUUAUCGGGUUAUCGCGAAUCGGAGUGUGGGAGUGGGGGAAAUGAGUCGUGUCGUGAUCAAAAGGAUAACGGCGCGUUGAGUUUGAAUGGGGGAUUUGAGGGUUUUUUCGUUGGUGGUGUGGAUUUGAGGGGGAAUUUUGAUGCGGAUGGUGAUUGGGGGAAUGGGGUUGUGACUGAGAGUGAGAUGAAAGGGAUUGCUGAUGGAAAUGUGCGAAUUGCCCGUGAAUUUGUUGAGACCGGAAAGGAGAGAAGGUUUCGUGGGAGCGUUGAGAAGGCUAGUGAUAGUGGCGAAAGGUUGGAAAUUGAUGGGGGUGAGGAUAAGAAUUUAUCGGAUGAAGGUGAAGCUUCAUCGAGGUGUGAACACUCGGAGGGUGAGGAUUCCAUGUUUGGAUGUGGUAGUGAUGAUGAGAGGAAGAUUGAUUUGUAUUACGGGAAGAAUGCACCUUUUCAUGUUGAGGAAAGUGGGCUGAAGGAAAAUCGGUUGAUCAUGAAUUCUGCAGUGGCUUUUGGUUCUGAUGAUUGGGAUGAUUUUGUUCACGAAAGCAGUGAAAAUACUAUCGAUUCCAUGGUUUGGGGUGAAUUUCAGGCUGAAAGCAAGACUGUUGGACCAAGUGGUACUGUCUCUUCAAGUUUUUCUGCUGGCAGUGAGGUUACUUAUCCUAAUAUGAUUCUCACUGUAAGGCAGGACAAUGUUACAGGUAGUCCUGCAACAUGCAGUCAAGUUGAAUCUGGUGAUAGGUCAUCCGAGGUUAAAGUGAAUGCUCAAUCCACUGUUUCAGCGAAUCUUAUGAAACUUGAUGCUCGAUGUGAAGAUGCAAAACAAGUGCUUGCUUCACGAAAUCAAGUGAGUGACAUUGAUGAAUUGGAUGAAUAUCUUGGAAGUGUUGCUUCUGUUAACGAUAUAUUUCAAACAAAGAAAGACCCACUGGAAAAGGCCCCAGCAAACGAGGAGUUCAUAACUGAAUCAGAAAUGGAAAACCGAAAUGUGCCUACAAGUGAAGCCAUCUCUAUGCAUCAUGAUAUUGCAUCAAAAAGAAGGAAUCUAGAGGAUGAAAACAUAGAGGUGGACCCUGUUUCUGAUUCUGUGUCUAAUCAAAAUGAUCUGGUGGCAGCGAAAGGUAAGGAAGAGAAGGAGACCAGAUUAUCUGAAGACAGCAGUUCAUUUGCAUUUCCAUUGGUGGCUGAUACGAGAGGGAGUGCCGCAGCUAAGAAUAACUUGUCUUCUGCAUUUGACCCAAUUGAAGAUCAUUUUGUUCCAGCUAAGACAAGGGAUUUCGAGUUAAAUGAAUUCUAUGAUGAAUUUGUUAAUGAUAUGGAAGAUAUACUACUUGAUUCAGCUGAGUCUCCUGUAUCUAGGUUAGCCUAUAGCACUAGGAUAAAUCAGCCACAAUUUCGUAGGCCUUCAAGGGAUGGUGGCUCUAGUGCUUCUACAUCUGGUGCAGAUUAUGCUAAUAAUUGGAUUCAUCAACCACUUAAAAUUGAUAGGGUUGAGGUAGUGGGUGCAAGGCAAAGAAAGGGGGAUGUGUCAUUCAGUGAACGGUUGGUUGGGGUCCAGAAAUACACAGUAUAUAAUAUGAAAGUGUGGAGUGGGGAAGACCAAUGGGAGGUAGAACGUCGUUAUCGCGAUUUUUACACACUCUAUCAUCGGCUGAAGAAACUAUUUGCUGACAAUGGAUGGACUCUUCCUCCGUGCUGGUCUCCCGUUGAAAGAGAAUCCCGAAAACUCUUUGGUAAUGCUUCUCCAGAUGUCAUUGCAGAGAGGAGUGUUCUUAUCCAGGAAUGUUUACAGUCCAUUAUCCACCAUAGAUUUCCCUCCAGUUCUCUCAACGCUCUCACUAGUUUUCUUUCCCCAACAGAGACGGUGCCUAGUUCUCCUGUAUCUGAUGCUGGCCUGUCUCAAUCACCUCUAGCAAACAGAGGCACACAGGCAAAUGAUUUUUCCACCUUGGGAAAAACCAUCUCACUUGUUGUUCAAAUACGCCCUUUGAAAUCAAUGAAACGGAUGCUAGAUGAGCAACACUACAGGUGUGCAGGAUGCCACAGAAACUUUGAUGAUGGAAGAACAAGGAUGCAGGAACUUGUACAGGCACUUGGCUGGGGUAAACCUCGUCUUUGUGAAUACAGUGGCCAGUUAUUCUGCUCUUCAUGCCAUGCCAAUGAUACUGCUGUAUUGCCUGCCAGAGUUCUUCAUCAUUGGGAUUUUACUCGAUACCCUGUAUCUCAGCUGGCUAAAUCAUUUCUGGAUUCUAUUCAUGACCAGCCAAUGCUAUGUGCCAGUGCUGUGAAUCCCUUCCUAUUUUCUAAAGUUCCGACAUUGCAGCAUGUGGCAAAUGUCCGAAAUAGAAUAAGAGCGGUGUUGCCAUAUGUUCGCUGCCAGUACCGUAGAUCCAUCUAUAAAGGUCUUGGAUCUCGGAGAUAUCUUCUUGACAGCAAUGAUUUCUUCGCUCUAAAAGACCUCAUUGAUCUGUCCAAAGGAGUUUUCUCAGCAUUACCAGUGAUGGUUGAAACUGUCUCUCGAAAAAUUCAGGAACAUAUAACCGAUCAGUGCCUUAUAUGCUAUGAUGUUGGGGUUCCUUGCGGUGCUCGUCAGGACUGUCAAGAUCCAGUUGCUCUCAUUUUCCCUUUCCAAGCAAGAGAGGUAGAAAAGUGUAGAACAUGUGAUCUGGUUUUCCACAAGAAUUGCUUCAAGAAACUAGCUAGUUGUCCCUGUGGCGCACGUUUCAAGAAAGAGGAGAUGAAGAUAAGUUCUAAUGAGAUUAUCCACAGUGUGGAUAGCAGUUUGAUUUCACCGGCCAGAGUGGUUGAACCUAGUUCUGGAAUUCUUGCUGGCCUGUUCUCUAAAGUAAUGCCAGCAAGGUCUCAAAUCCCCAGAAAACGAGAGGCAGAAGGCAUCAGUAAUGUUAUCCCGAUGGGUUCGUUACCCAGCACCUCCCUCUGAGUUGCGAUUUGGCUGUUGGAUCAAAUAAGUGGAAUUCGCUAUUUUGUAUACUAGUUUGCGAAGAUACUCUUCAUUUGUUGAUUCUUGCACACAGUCACACUUGUGGUACUGGGUGUAUUUUUUGUAAAGUGAGUUUUAGAAUAGAGUAUUGACAUGGUUAUUCAUCCAAUCUGUAUACACAAUUACAGUGUUUAGUUGUAAACAAGCUUUCAAUAUGGAGUUGCUCAAUGCAUGUUUUUAUCUGA